ACCUUGAAAUUGCACCACUCACCACUUUCUCCUCAAUGUUUAUUUAAGGGUCACUCCCAAAUCCUUUUUGUGGACAAAGCAACCAAACCAAGCGAAGAAGCACACUCCAAAACUCGAUCAUCAGCACAAUUGCAAACUGGAACAACCAACCACAACGAAACAUUAGUGUCUCGUGGGUGUUUCUCAUUCACAGCACAACACAAAAGUAAAAGGCUGUGGCCAUUUUUGAUUACGAACAAAAGCGAAGCGGCAGCAGGACAUCUUGAGAGUGUCUUUGUGUUUGUUGUCAUAGAACGCGAAGCUCAAUCCAAUCAAUCCAAUCAAUCAAUCAAACUAAGAAGUAACAACCAACUGAGGUAUGCUAGUAUCGGUCUCGGCUCGCACCACCCAACAAAUCCUGCUUCGAUCCUUCCAAGCAGGUAGCCAUGGCAGCCACAACAAUGGCGGUUCCAAGAUAGCGGCACGGCUCUUCUACAGCACUUGUGUUCGCGCCCGUGGAGCUGCACAACGACGCCCCACAGUAAGAGGCGAAGCCGUAGCCUUUCACGUCAAAGACCUCGACCAUAUCAACCGCACCCGCCCACUGGUCCACCAUGCACCCGCCGCAGCACUGCAAUACGACGAUGACUACGACUACCUCGAUGACGAAGAGGACCGCCCGGCACGCCAGUAUGACUCGGAUCUCAUUGUGGUCUUGGACAUGGACGAGUGUCUCAUUCACUCGCAGUUCUUGACCAACAAUCCCGGCGCCAAGUUCUACGCGCAUCAAGUGGCUCGCAACUCCAACAGUGCCAAUGAAGGCGCUUCCGGACGAGUUGACUCGUUCCGCUUUCAUUUGCCCGACGGUGAUCUAGUCCAAGUCAACAAGCGACCCUUUUUGGAAGACUUUUUGCAGGCCGUCACGGACAAGUACGAGACACACAUUUACACGGCCGCCAUGAAAGUCUACGCCGAACCCAUUCUCGACAAGCUCGAUCCCAAUGGUGAUCGAUUCGCACGACGAUUCUAUCGGGAGUCUUGUGAUUUGGACACCAACAUGGGCGCCUUUGUCAAGAACCUCAACUCGUUGCCGCUCAAGACCAAACAGAACGAGAGCAACAAGACGACGACGGGACUGACCUAUGAGGAAUACAUUGCAUCGACAAAGAACAACACCAGCGCCGACCCUCAUCAUCACCUACGACGCGUCGUACUCGUAGACAACAACCCAUUGUCAUUUUUGGCCAAUCCUACCAAUGGAAUUUUGGUUUCGUCCUUUUACAACGACCCCGCCGACAAGACACUACCUGCUGUACUCGACCUACUUGAAGAACUCGAGCCUUUGGAAGACGUUCGUCCGACACUCGAUGCCCGCUUUGGACUCAAGGCGGCACUCUCGGAGAUUCAAGGAAAUCGUCGACAGCAACAGCAGAAAAAGUGGACCGCGGGCAAGUAGUAGUGGAACGAACGAAACGAACGCUUUUUUGUUUUGAAAGCUCUUUUGAACACUCUUUUUUUGCACACAGAGAGAACCACCACCUACCAACCGCACUCUCUUUUGGCCUAUCUACCUACCUACCUUUUUGCAUAUCUACCUACAUAUUAUUACCUUUCGCACGCACACACCGCAAUAGCUUUUUCCCUUGCAUACACACACGCACAAAAACACAUUAUGGAACUUUUGACGCAGCCACGACCACGCACACCCCCCCAAGUUUUGAACGCUUACUUUCUUUGUUGAUGGUCGUGGACCUAGCCAGAGUUGUCCUUUGCUAGCUAAUCAAAAGAAACAGUCCUGUUAGUAGUUCCAUUUACAUUU